UUUCUCAUCCUCUCCCAACCAGCCCUACCCAUAACCCAGUUUAGCAAACAAAUAACAGUAUUAACAAGUUAAUGCUCCCUACCAAACAUUGUGCAUAGCCGUCCUAGCCUAGGUAGUUAACAUUAACUGAUAGUUGUCUAGUCUAAUUUAAAAGUGGUGCUUUUGUCAACUUCCACAAUAGAUGACACUGGAUCCUAGGAAUCACACACAGCCUUUGGACACUAACAGCCGCUGAUACUGAAUACGACCGACCUACUGCAAUCUACUCCAGCCUCAGAGCCACCUGCCCUUUGCCCUGGCACCCUUUACCACAUUUAGCAUGUACCCAGUGGAGAACACUCACAACUGGGCCCUGGCAAAAGCAGACUGUGCUCCACAAUGGGACAAGAUAGACUGAGACACUUAACAGUGAUUUCAUUGGAAAGUGACAUGGAUCUUACCCCUCAAAUCAAGGAAUUUGCCAACAUAAAGCCAGGAGGAAGAUGCUUUAAAGGCUCCUUUCCCCUAUUUCACCAAGGACGUGGGUAUAUCUCCUCCUACCCGACCCCAUCUCUCUCCCCCACUCUCUCGUGGAGCUGCAUUUUGGAGUCUGCAGCCUGGCAGGGGGGCAGUUAGAGGGGGCAGAAGGGAUCCAGGCACCUGCCAAGCCUUCAUGGCCUUACCUCUGCCUGUGAGUGCUUUUCAUGCUGCUCUCAUUCUUUAAUACCAGGAGCCAUUUUGUACCCUUGGCUAAUAGAGGGCCACCUCACUUUUUCAGAAAGGGAAAACAAGAAAACAUCAAUCUCAUGUCUUUCAAUGGAAGGGAAUUAUAAUUGAAGCGCGAUGCAUGACUGUUGCUUUUAACAUUUGGAAAGAGGCAAAAAGGACCACUUCCAAACUAAUGAGCAUCUCCCUGCACUGUCGAUGGAACUUGGGAGCCUUGAGUUGCUCCAGCCAGGCUAGGGUGGUCUGUCCUCUGGUGUGUGCCGUCUCCCCCCACCAUGCAGAAUAAUGAGCCCUCCACACCAUGAGUCCUCUGGGCCAGGUUAGUGUGCAGUCUACCUGGAACGCAGCCCUGCUUGCCGUGCUCUCCCUCAUGGUGCCUGCUCUCAGUAUGUGCCAGUCUACAGGCCCUGCGUUGGGCUCGGCUAACCCACAGAACUGUCCAGGUGUGUGCUCCUGCACUAACCAGCUCAGCAAGGUGGUGUGUACCCGUCGCGGCCUGAUUAGGGUUCCUCCAAACAUCCCAGCCAACACCAGGUACCUGAACCUGAUGGAAAACAGCAUAGAGACCAUACAGGCAGAUACCUUCAGGCACCUGCAUCACCUGGAGGUACUGCAGUUGGGCAGAAAUGCUAUCAGACAGAUUGAAGUGGGGGCCUUCAAUGGCCUGACCAGCCUCAAUACCUUGGAGCUGUUUGACAACAGACUGACGGUCAUACCCAGUGGAGCUUUUGAGUACUUGUCAAAGUUGAGAGAGUUGUGGCUCAGAAACAAUCCCAUUGAGAGCAUCCCCUCGUAUGCCUUCAACCGAGUCCCAUCCCUCAUGAGACUGGACCUGGGAGAACUGAGGAAGUUGGAGUACAUCUCUGAUGGGGCAUUCGAGGGUCUUCAAAACCUCAAGUACCUCAACCUGGGAAUGUGCAACCUGCGUGAGUUUCCUCAUCUUUCACCACUCCUGGGACUGGAAGAGUUAGAAAUAUCAGAGAAUAUUUUCCCUGAACUGAAGCCUGGGGCCUUCCGUGGCCUCAAGAAUUUACGUAAACUGUGGAUUAUGAACUCUGCCAUCACUACCAUUGAAAGGAAUGCAUUUGAUGACAUCACAGCCUUGGUGGAGCUAAAUUUAGCCCAUAAUAACCUGUCGUCCCUCCCCCAUAACCUCUUCACCCCUCUACAGUACCUGGUUGAGCUACACCUGCAUCACAACCCUUGGCGAUGUGACUGUGAUGUAGUAUGGCUCUCCUGGUGGCUCAGAGAAUACAUUCCCACAAAUUCCACCUGCUGUGGGCGCUGCCACACCCCGGCCCACAUGAGAGGACGAUACCUGGUGGAAGUUGAUCAGACCACCUUUCAGUGUUCGGCACCAUUCAUACUCGAUGCUCCUAGAGAUCUGAACAUCUCAGCAGCAAGGGUGGCAGAACUGAAAUGUCGCACAGCUGCCAUGAGCUCAGUCCGAUGGCUUCUCCCCAAUGGGACUGUAUUGACCCAUGGCUCGGCUCACCCACGGAUAUCAGUCCUCAAUGAUGGGACACUCAAUUUCUCCAAUGUUCUCCCGUCAGACACAGGGGUCUAUACCUGCAUGGUGAGCAACAUGGCAGGAAAUUCCAAUGCUUCGGCCUACUUAAACGUAAGCAAUGCCGAACUCAACACGUCUAAUCUGUCCUAUUUUACCACCGUAACAGUGGAAGUUUUGGAGCCAACAGUGGAAGAGACCCCUAAACCCAAGCCUACUGUCCCUGCCUCGCCCUCUGUCUUUCAGCCCGUCUUCAUCUCCACACCUACUGUGCUGUUCCAGAACACUCAGACUCCAAGGCAGGUGUCAAUCCCCACUGCCAGAGUUCCUGAAGCUCCAGCUGCAAGCCUGGAUGAGGUGAUGAAAACCACCAAAAUUAUCAUUGGCUGUUUUGUUGCUGUUACCUUGCUGGCAGCAGCCAUGUUGAUAGCGUUCUAUAAGUUGCGUAAGCGGCAUCAACAGAGGAGCACGGUGGCAGCAGCCAGGACCAUAGAAAUCAUACAGAUGGAGGAAGAGGUUCCUCCUGUUCCACCACCCACCUCCGGAUCUAGUGGCUCUGAUGACACAGGGUUGGUACUGCCUACAUUAGUGGAACACAACAGCAACACCUUUAAGCCUGGGUACGUGUCCUCCUCCUCCUCAUCCCGCCAAGGGGGCUAUGGAGCCCACUGGACCCAGAACAAUUCCCUUCAUCGCUCAGUCAGACAGCAUCACAGCCACAUCAGCACCAUUGCUGAUCCCUACGUCAUUAAGACUACUCACGGCAAGGAGAAGGUUCAAGAGACCCAAAUCUGAGUAAUGCUCCCUAUGGAUCUAUCUCUGACUCUGCCCUAACCUCUCCACCCAUCUGCUCACCAGUCCAUGCAAUAGAAUGCACAAAGAACAAAACGGUAACUUUCUUUUGUACAGAAGUGCAAAACAGAGACAGUUUUUUGUUUCUUGUACAUGCCUAUACAUAAGUAUAUAAAUAUGAAAAAAUACAAAUAUAUAUAUAAAUAAAAACUACCGUCAGGCAGUGGUGAGACAUGCAGAUUAUAUUAGAAAAGAAAGUAAUUUGAAACUAUUUUCUAAUAACUGGUGACUUCUAUUUAAAAAAAAAAAAGACAAAGAUAUUGAAUUGCUUUUGUGAUUGAUAAUAGAAGGUGGUACUGUCUACUGUAGGUAAAGAGGCAUUUAGUUUGUUUUUUGACCAUAUUUAGGAUGCAGUAAAAAACUCUUUAUACAGGCACCAGUUUCUAAAUACAGCCCAAUACACCCAAAUGUAAGCUCCAGUUUUUACUGUGCCAAAUAUUAUAUGCAAUAAUAUGGUAUUUCCAGACUUAGAAACACAAAAAGACACACAAGCAAAAUCUAGAUAGAUAGAAACAUUCAAGGAUCCAAGGAUAGCAGCGUAAUGGCACAGAUAGACUGUGCUGUUCAGUAGCUAUCAGCCAAAUGCUUUUGGACUGCAGUGAAUUUCUGCAGCUAAGGUUUAACCCUCUGUUCGCUGGAGCUAUACUGCGUUUAUUUGACAGUGCCAGUGCUUCUUAGUUGUAGCGUAUCUAAACAUGUUUAUUUAGUGUGCACAUGAUUCCCCACUGGUUUAACUGGGAAAGAUGAAGUGCAGGCUAAUAACAGUUGUUGCAAAUACUUUGUUCUGUUAUUGGUUGCAUUUUGUAUUAUUUCUUUUCCCUUAGGUUUUACAUGCUUCUUAAUGGCUUGUGUAGUGUUUAGGGCUAAUUUAAUAAUGCAUUACAGCAGUUGCCUGACUUGUCUCUGCAAGGGCUCAUUCCGAUGCUAAUUUUUCAAAGGAACAGACGUGGUGCAGUGAUACAGGGCAUUGCUGACCGUUAUGAGAAAAAAAAACAGAGGAUUGAAGUGAAACAAAAUGAAUGUCUGAUACUGGGGCUUUUCCAUGGACUACACUGAAACAUGACUUUGUUUUUCUUUUUCUUUUAACAGUUUAUUUUGAGCAACACUAUUUUUAUGGAAAGACAAAGGAGGCUAUGAAAAAUAAAAACCUUUGGUUUGUAUUUCUCUAAUCAGAAA